AUGGAUUUCAUCAAGACCAGUUCCCUGCGUGCUCUGAUUGAGUUAACUUUCCAACGCAACUGGAAUGGCCUCAUUUGGAUGAGUAGAAAAGGAGUUAUAGCCAAAAGAGUGAAGACUGCUCCAGACGGCUCUAUCGAGAAUCAGCCCAACCGCGCAGUCCGGCUGGCCGAGGAACGAUGUUCCGCGCUCGGCCAAAGUCAUAUCCGUCCGUCUGAAGUCUCGGCCAAAGUCCAAACCACCGGCCGAUCACAACACGACCCGGGAAACAUUGUCCCGCGGUCGGCCAAGCCACAACGUCACGCCACGCCGCGCACGACCAUGCGCGCGAGCCGGGAACAAGCCUCGCGGCCGCGCAACCACUCGCGUACCACGGCCGAUGCAUCCGUCCGAGCCGGGAAGAACGUCCCACGUCCGGCCGAGAAACCAUCGGCCAAAUCUUCAUCCCCCGACCACGCCGGCCGACCGUGA